AUGGCCGCGCCGUCAGUAGUCAUGCAGACGAAAAGGGCUGCUUCUACAUUGUUUUCCAAAACGCGUUCAUUUAAAAGUAGAUUGACAUUUUUGGAAUUUAGUGUUGUUUUGCUUUCGCUAGCUUCCUUGUUAAAAUGUGCUGCGGCCGACGGUAAAACGCUGGUUCUUCUGGACAAUCUCAAUAUUAGAGAGACCCAUUCAAUCUUCUUCCGCAGUUUGGCAGAUCGUGGCUUUGAUCUUACAUUCAAGACCGCUGAUGAUCCUUCGCUUUCACUAAUCAAAUAUGGUCAGCUCCCAUACGAGCAUCUCAUCAUCUUUUCACCGUCAGUUGAAGACUUUGGAGGAAGUAUCAAUGUGGAGACAAUUACAUCCUUCAUUGAUGGCGGUGGAAAUGUCUUGGUUGCUGCCAGUUCUGAUAUUGGUGACCCAAUAAGGGAGCUAGGCAGUGAGUGUGGGAUUGAGUUUGACGAGGAGAAGACUGCUGUCAUUGACCAUCACAAUUUUGACAAGUCCGAUCGAGGAGAGCACACCCUGAUUGUUGCUGACCCAGAGAACCUGCUGAAAGCUCCAACCAUUGUUGGCAAAACCAAUAAACCAGUCCUGUUUAAGGGUGUUGGCAUGGUGGCAGACCCCGACAACCCUCUUGUUCUUGACAUUCUCACAGGAUCUUCAACAGCCUACUCCUUUUUUCCCGACAAACCCAUUUCCCAGUACCCUCAUGCUGUGGGGAAAAACACCCUGCUGAUUGCUGGCCUACAAGCCAGAAACAACGCCAGAGUGGUUUUCAGUGGUUCACUGGACUUCUUUAGUGAUGCCUUCUUCAAUGCUGAUGUCCAAAAAGCUGCACCUGGAUCUCUGUUGUAUGAGCAAACGGGUAACCGGGAACUGGCCGAGGCGCUCUCUCGUUGGGUGUUUAAAGAGGCUGGCGUCCUCAGGGUGGGUAAAGUUAGCCAUCAUCCAGUAGGAGAGAACACUCCCCCAGCAGCGUAUACAAUCACCGACCUUGUGGAGUACAGCAUUGUCAUCGAGAUGCUCUCUGACGGUGACUGGGUUCCUUUUGACGGUGACGAUAUCCAACUGGAGUUUGUGAGAAUUGACCCCUUUGUCAGGACGUACCUCAAGAAAGAUGGUGGUACAUACAGCGUCCAGUUCAAGUUGCCUGACGUUUAUGGAGUUUUCCAAUUUAAGGUGGACUACAACCGCCUGGGAUACACACACCUAUACUCCUCCACACAGGUUUCAGUGCGUCCCCUGCAGCACACCCAGUAUGAACGCUUUAUCCCAUCGGCCUUCCCGUACUACGCCAGCGUCUUCUCUAUGAUGUCAGGACUCUUCAUAUUCAGUUUUGUCUUCCUGCACAUGAAGGAGAAGGAAAAGUCUGACUAA